AUGGCGGCCUUUAUUAACAACUCCGACGCUUUUACGCUUCACAUGUUUCCAUUUUCGCUGUAUUCCAUCAUGGUCAUGUACACAUACGUACUAGGAAAGCAGGAUGCUAGCGAGGAUGGUGGCAUAAGUCUCUCUUAUAACCUCAUAAAUCUACAUCGAGAUGAAAACAUCAGCGAAGAGUAUCUUGCCAAGAUCAACCCUAAAGGACUGGUACCUACCUUGACCGGCGGUUCCUUGUCGCAGCCGAUGCCAGAGAGUCUUGACAUUUCUUACUGGCUGUGCUCUCACUUCCCGCACCUGCUCCCAGAGCCCAACGAGGCCAAGAUUAGGAAGCUCUUGGCCGACAUCCAUGCCAUCCAGGGCCUUUGCCUUUCGAUAGACAAAGGCGAUCGCAUGGAAAAGGUGCCGUGCGACGCAGACGAGGCACUGGAGAGAGACGACCUCAGACUGGAAUACAGGCGGGCCUUGGAAUACAAGCAAAGGAUAGAGACACUUGAGACUGCGUUGACCGACGGCCGCGUGCAAGAAGCUGAAGGCCAAGCGCGGGAUCUCUUCCGAGACGUCGUGGCAGUCUACAAUCCAUCUGAUGAUUGCAUUCUUGGCAACGGCCCUACCGUGCUCGACGGACAUCUCGUUCCUUUCAUCGUCCGACUCCUCGAUUGCAAGCGCGAGGAUUUGGUACCGGAAGCCUUGCAAAAGUACGCUCGGAAGCACGCCGCAUCGCCUCAGUGGAAUCGCGUCAUGCAUGGACGGCCGACAAGAUGGAAUGUUUCUCUGGGACAUGUUAGUGACAUGGCUGGUGACUAUACCGGACCUCAGUGA